AUGCCGUACCUGGGCGGUGAGGAUGCGCUGCGGGAGCUCCGCCGGGCCUUGGCCAACCCGCACGUCCAGGCGGACCGGCUGCGGUACCGCGCCGCCGUCCUGCGCGUUAUCCGGCACAUGGCGCAGGGCGCGGACGUGUCGCCGCUGUUCGCGGAGAUGGUGAAGGCCAGCGCGGCGGCCGACGUGGUGCAGAAGAAGCUGGUGUCGCUGUACGUGCGGGCGCAGGCCCCGCGGCAGCCCCAGCUGGCGCUGCUGGCCGUCAACACGCUGCGCAAGGACUGCGCGCACCCCAGCCCCGCCGUGCGCGGUCUCGCCCUGCGCAGCAUGUGCGGCCUCAGGAUGCCCGGCAUCCAGGAGUACCUGCAGCAGCCCCUCCUGAGCGGCCUGCGGGACAAGGCCUCCUACGUGCGGAGAGCGGCCGUGCUCGGCUGCGCCAAGAUGGUGAAGCUGCAAGGGGACUCGGAAGUGGAUGGUGCACUGGUGAAUGAGCUAUACAGUUUGCUUCGCGACCAGGAUCCUAUUGUAGUUGUGAAUUGUCUGAGGGCCCUAGAAGAAAUCCUGAAGAAGGAGGGAGGAGUUGUCAUCAACAAACCCAUUGCCCAUCAUCUCCUCAACAGGAUGGCUGAUCUGGACCAGUGGGGGCAAAGUGAGGUGCUUACCUUCCUUCUGCGUUACAGACCCCGCAGUGAGGAGGAACUCUUCGACAUACUCAAUUUACUGGAUGGCUGUCUCAAAAGCAGCAGCGCCAGCGUUGUGAUGGCAGCCACCAAGCUUUUCCUAGUGCUGGCCAGGGAGUACCCACAUGUGCAGGCAGAUGUUUUAGUGAGAGUGAAGGGACCGCUGCUGUCUGCCUGCACCUCUGAGAGCAGGGAGCUCUGCUUCACUGCACUGUGCCACGUGCGUCAGAUCCUUGGCAGCCUUCCUGGCCAUUUUAGCAGCCACUACAAAAAGUUCUUUUGUUCGUAUUCAGAGCCCCACUACAUCAAAUGCCAGAAGAUGGAGGUGUUGUGUGAGCUGGUGAACGAUGAAAACGUACAGCAAGUGCUGGAGGAGCUGAGGGGCUAUUGCACUGACGUAUCGGUAGAGCUUGCCCAAGGGGCGAUCUUCGCCAUAGGCAAUAUUGCUAGGACGUACACAGAGCAGUGCGUGGGGAUUCUGACAGAGCUCCUGGGACUUCAGCAGGAACAUAUCACUUCAGCGGUAUUACAGACUUUUCGGGACCUGGUCUGGCUGUGUCCCCAGUGCACAGAUGCGGUCUGUCGGGCACUGCCUAGCUGUGAGGACACCAUCCAGGACAGCGAGGGCAAGCAAGCGCUGAUCUGGCUGCUGGGCACACAUGGUGAGAAAGUACAGAAUGCCCCCUAUGUUUUAGAGGACUUUGUGGAGAAUGUGAAAUCGGAGAUGUUCCCAGCAGUGAAGAUGGAGCUUCUGACAGCCUUGGUGCGACUCUUCCUGUCCCGUCCUGCUGAGUGUCAGGACACGCUAGGGAGACUGCUCUAUUACUGCAUAGAGGAAGAGAUGGAUAUGGCAGUACGAGACCGUGGAUUGUUCUACUAUCGCCUUUUGCAGUCUGGUGUGGAAGAAGUGAAACGGGUCCUGUGUAGCCCCAAGUCUGACCCCUCUCUGGGGCUCCUCGAAGACCAAACCGAGCGACCUGUGAAUACAUGGGCUUCAGAGUUUAAUACUCUUGCACCAGUUUAUGGCAGAGAAUGCUGGGCACUCGUGGCUGCUCACCAGCCAGCAGAACCCUCUUACACUCGUUCUCCUUGUACUGACUCCAGGAACAGAGACACAGAGUCACUGGUUUCUGACGGGAAUACAGAAGUCCUCAAGGUUCAGCCUGAUACAGGCAGCCUGACCUUAAUUCCUGAUGUUUACCUGACUGCAGAACAGUUUGAGAAGACGUGGCUGAGCCUGGACAUGAGCUGCCACCUCUCCCUGCCCUGGUGUGGGACUGUUCAUCCAGACACCAUACAGACAGCUCUUCACGUUGUCCACAUCCAGACUAUUGCGAUGAGCAAAGCUGGUGUCCAGCCGUGGAAAGCUUAUCUCAGCGCGCAGGAUGAGGCGGGUUGCCUCUUCCUAACAGAGCUCUUGCUUGAGGCGGCGGAUACGGAGAUGCAGGUUUCAGUGAAGCAGAGCGAGGCGAAGCCAGAGGCACUGCAGACCUUUAUUUCGGUGUUAAGGACAGUCGUGGGGGCAGUUGCUGGACUGGGGUCUUGAUUGGCCCCUGCUCCCAGAAGCAUGCUUGCUCAGGGCAUAGGGGAAGUAUUUCUCUGGCUUCAUUUGCCAUACCUGCUGCUGGUUUUGUGCUGUUAAGCAGCGGGAGCAUUAGCAGCCCUUCCCUGGGCCUGGCAAGCACAUGUGGUGUGGGGGCAGCUGCAGGUGGUGAGUGGGGC